CUCUGGUCAGUCUAAUCUUCCAGACAACGACUUUUUCCCCCUUACACCAUAUUUCCUCUCUCCCGGUUAAGUGGGAGUUCCCCCGGGGGAUUUAGCUUUUUCCUUAGUGUAACUAUAUGUUCUCUCAACUCUAUUUCACAUUUGCCACUCCUGGUGCCUAUUUUAUCUUUAUUUUGUCGGUAAUCUCCUCCCCUAAAUAAGCCUGCCUUUUGCUAAAGAGAAUGACCAUUGUGACUCUGUCAGGUGUUUAUUUCGAUCUAGGUGUGGCUAUCUCGACCCCAUCACACAGUAGAGGACGGGCCCUCGGGAUCUCAAAGACAGAGCCAAACCAAAAGGAAACAGUGGAGGCCCUCAAAGAUCCUCCAACUUAUCACCUCCUUUCCUUCUCUGCCCGUAUUCUCAGGCCCGCCAGCGCUCCCCUGAGUUCUCAAAGUUCUAGGUAAAGUUCACGUUUCCCUCCACCCACUCCUCGGAAAGACCGAGAUCUCCCGAGGGCGUGGGGUUUGUUCUGCAGUGGCUCUGUUAGGUGUAAGACCAGAGGUCAGAGAUCAUCUCCUUUUCCGCUUCCUCCCGGGAUAGAGUUACCUGGCCUUGGCCUUGAGUCACCGCCCCCGCUCGCCCAGCCACCGCAGGGCCCUCAGUUUCUCCUCCGGGCCGGCAGAGGGCAGAGCCCCGCGCACGCGCACUCGGCGUCCCCUCCAGGCGCCCGCAGCCGCCCGCUGUACUUAGCAGCGCCUGUGGCGGGCGUGGCGGCGGCGUAGUCGUCGUCGGGCGAGGCGAAGGAGGAGGAGAAAGAGCAGGCCAGUGCCGCAGCUUGGGCUCUCUGGGCGGCGGCGGCGGUCGCGCUCUCCUAGCGUCCGGGGCCUCGCUGGGGCCCCCUCCCCCAUGCCCGCGGGCGGCCUAUAAGCAGCGCCGCCGGUGCCCGCCCGCCCAGACCCGGAGGAGGGAGCGGCUGAGGCAGAGGCAGCGGUGAUAGCAGCGGCGGCAGUAUGGCGGACGACGGGGCCGCGGCGGCGGCUUUGGCCGAGAAGUUCCUGACGCCUGACGAGCCCUUCCCUCUUCUGGGGCCCCCGCGCGGCCCGGGCACCUGCUUCAGCGAGGAAUCGGGCUGCCUGGAUGUCAGCGACUUCGGCUGUCAACUGUCCUCCUGCCACCGCACCGACCCCCUGCACCGCUUCCACACCAACAGGUGGAACUUAACUUCCUGCGGAACCAGUGUAGCGAGCUCAGAGUGCAGCGAGGAGCUCUUUUCAUCAGUUUCUGUUGGUGACCAGGAUGAUUGUUAUUCCCUGUUAGAUGACCAGGAGUUCACAUCUUUUGAUUUAUUCCCUGAAGGAAGUGUCUGCAGUGAUGUGUCUUCUUCUAUUAGCACUUACUGGGACUGGUCAGACAGUGAGUUUGAGUGGCAGUUACCAGGCAGUGACAUUGCAAGUGGGAGCGAUGUAUUCUCUGAUGUCAUCCCAAGCAUUCCCAGCUCACCAUGCCUGCUUCCCAAGAAGAAAAACAAACACCGAAAUCUCGAUGAGCUUCCCUGGAGUGCCAUGACAAAUGAUGAGCAGGUUGAAUAUAUUGAGUACUUGAGUCGUAAAGUCAGUACUGAAAUGGGUCUUCGGGAACAACUUGAUAUCAUUAAAAUUAUUGAUCCCACUGCACAGAUCUCCCCUACAGACAGUGAGUUUAUUAUUGAACUGAACUGUCUCACAGAUGAAAAACUCAAACAGGUGAGAAACUACAUCAAGGAGCAUGGGCCUCGCCAGCGGGCCACGAGAGAGCCCUGGAAAAGAAGCAGCUACAACUGUGGCAGCACCAGUGGUGUGAGUGGCGCCAGCGCCAGCAGCAGCAGUGCCAGCAUGGUCAGUUCUGCCAGCAGUACUGGUUCCAGUGUGGGCAACUCCGCUUCCAACUCAAGCGCCAACAUGAGCCGGGCACACAGUGACAGCAACCUAUCUACCAGUGCAGCCGAGCGGAUUCGAGAUUCUAAGAAACGUUCCAAGCAGCGGAAGUUACAGCAGAAGGCCUUCCGCAAGAGGCAGCUGAAGGAGCAGAGGCAGGCCCGCAAAGAGAGGUUGAGUGGGCUCUUCCUCAAUGAAGAAGUGCUGUCUUUGAAAGUGACCGAAGAAGAUCAUGAAGGAGAUGUUGAUGUUUUAAUGUGACCAGGGUGAAUUUGGCCGUGGGGUUUCUAAGCCUUAACAUUAUCCUCACAGUUUAUGUGGAUUUUUUUUAACCAAAAUUUUGAUUAGAGCUGUGCUGAUGAUCUAGGUAAAUGUUUGACUCCUCAAACUGAAGUGUAGUAUUGAAAGUGGCUUUUUGCAAAAAGACAAAUGCUUUUCCAAGUUAGAAGACUUCACAGAUUGGUUUUAGUUAAAUUCCUUCCUAUCAGUGUAUAGAUUUAAAUCCUUCUCCAUGAUAGAUAAUUCUCUUUGCAGUAGUACCUUUUCCAAAGGGUUGCUCUUUCUGUGUUUGAUGCCCAGCUGAAAACCUUUUUUGUGGUAUUGAGGGCAAGAAGGCAGGGCUGUAGAUGAAGGUACCAUUUGUAUAUUUUUAGGGAGUAUUGUCUUAUGUCUUCACCUGUUAUUUAUUCACAAAAUCAUAGUUAUAAGAUUAGAUCCUACUUUUUUUCUCCUUUCCAUUCUUUGUGAAGUCAAAAUCCCAUUGGAAUUUGAGCCUGAUGAUUGUAGGGGGAAUAGUUUUGCAUGCAAUCACAUAACUGGGGAGCUUGACAUCAUGUUGAAUAGUCCUUGGGUGAGAAAACUUUUAAAGGAGGAAUUUCUUUCUGACAUUUUCUGGACUUUUAGCAUCUAGAAUUUUUUUUGUUCUCUUCAAAGCUGAUUUUCCUUUUCAAUUUGAGCUAAUCUUUGCAGUUGAUUUCACUUAGCCCAACUUGGACCUUUAAGUUUGAGUGAUACUUUCUGGCAUGUACAAAAUUCCUUGGUGAUAAUCCUGGAAAUUCUGAACUUCCGUGUGAAACAUUUUUAGUGCACAAAACCUUUGAACCAUCAGGGUUUUCCAUCAGAACCAUAAUUUAAAGUAUCUGCCAUGAACGUGAACUAAGUACAUGUUUAUAUUGACUAGUUAAUCACUGCUUUGUAAGAUAGUGUGAAAUGAGGGCAUUCUUUUAAGUAUUUUCGUAGUAGUAUGUUUGAUGAGUAUUAGAAAUACUGAAAAUUUUAAGUAGUUUAAUUAAGAUAGAUCUUGAAUCUUUCUAUAGGGAAGUUUAUGUUGGAGACUACUGUUGACAGUUGAUGGGCUGCUUUUUAUAAUUGUUUGAUGAUUACAUUCUUGGGGGUAAAAUAUGUGUGAUUAUAGCUCUGUAAAAGAAACAAGUCAGAGUAAUCAUGCCCUAGAGUCCACAUUCUUCUCCAGUAUUUUACUUUUCUAUAUUUAGUUCUAAGCAGGUAAUUUACUGAAGAGAGAAGUGCUCCCGAUUCCUACUUUGAUAUCUCCAGUGACUUUAUUUUUAUUUCACUUUGAUACCUAGAGGCUUAAAUAAUGACGCUGAGGGGAAAGAAAAAUGACAAAUGAAAAAGAACUAGUGUAACUUUUGUGACACAGAACAAUGGGAAUGUGACUUUUGCAAAUAUAUUGUAAAAGAUCCCAUUUGUAAGAAAUCCUAUUGUUUUCUCACAGUAGUUAUACUUCUUUCUUUGCUACUUUUUACGCCUUCAAAUGGUUCUUUUGCUUCAGGAGCAAGAAAGCCAGACACUGAAAUUCUCCAAGAAAGGGUAGGCAAAGCCAGGUUGGACCACGUCGCUCUAGGCCAGGAAUGUCAAAUUCAAAUAGAAACAGCUCCUUGAGACUCCAUAAUGACUUGGAAAACAACAAAACAACAUUAUCUAUGUUACGUUGUAAAUUUUUAUUUGUUUUGUUAAACAUUCCCCAUUAAUCUGGAUCAACCCAUGGCAUUAAGUUUGAUACCUCUGCUCUAGAUAAUUUAUAACUGAAUCUUGAAAAGUUUAGCCAAAAAAGUUCAAGAGAAUGAUUAGUUGGUCUUUGGAGCUGUGUUUCAAGGAAAAUGUUUGAAAAAAGUAUCAUUUGUCCAUCAGAUAAAUAGAAAUUUAUCCAAAUGUGAAUUCAGAUGAAUUUCAUUUCCAUUUCAUUUCUUUUGACUAUGAAAGUGUUUCUAAUUCAGUGAUAACCUUCAAGACCCAUCUGUCAGACUCCAUAAGUGUUCUGUCUUGGCUGAUGUUUUUUAUCGUACCCACGUGGGCAUGUUGGAUAAUGAAUGGAUGCUUGAGAAUUUGUGCUCUCCCUUUAGUCGGAUGCCUUUUCCCCAUUCAGUGAUAUCCCUUCCCAAGUACACCUCACUUCAGUGGAUCUGUGAUCCAUCUUAUCCAUUUGAGUACUCCCUGCAGCACUGCAGAGAGUAACCCAUCCGUGUCCAUCUUGUGAUUCUUGUCUAUGUUCUCUUGAAACUCCUUCACUAGAGUUUCUCCCAAUGUGGGACUCUACCACAAGAUCUUGUGAUACAGAGAGAAUUGGGGAUACUAGAGGAGUGAGUUAAUAAUCAUUGGUUAUCCCUUUCUUUAUACAGAACUAGCCCAUCCCCUUCAUAGUAACUUUCCUUAAAACUGUCUAAUAUUGCAAUUGCAACU